AUGGGGUGUGUUGAUAACGUCGCCUGCACCAGCCACUGGGCCAGGAGAUCCUGGUCGUGAUACCACCGUUACUCCUCUGUCAUCGAUGCGAGAGUCGCGAUAGCUGGGCCGACACUGCUGCGAAGGGUAGUCAUAGCCGUACUGGUUGCCAUUUGGAUAUUGCGAUAUGGGUCCCUGGUCAUCGUAUCGAUAGUCGGACCUGCGAUAGUCCUCGAUUGUCCGUUGUACGGGUAUUCGUUCGUUAGACAACGGAAUGUAUCUGCUCCGAGCAGGAGGUUGUCCUCGGGUCCACCUCUCUUCCUCAACACGUUCACGAUUCUUAAAACAAACAGAAUAUAG